AAUGGUCAUUUUGAACUCUUGAAAGUUUCGAGGUUUAUCCUGGAUAAAUUAGUGUUGAACAGACAAAAUGAGUGACACUGAAGCAAUAAUCCGACUGCCGCUCAUUUUCCAGGUGGACAGUUGCGUGAACACAAUCAUGAGCGACUUCUACAACUACCAUUUCAUACCUUCAGUGGUGCAGGAAAUAUUCGCAGUUCCUGUAAUUUUAAUUCUCCUCGUUUGCACGUGUAUUUUGAUUACAUGGCGAAAUAAUUACUUGUUGGCGUAUUACAGCUCCGUUAUCUCUUUUCUAUGCAUUCUUUUUUCGUUCGAAACUUGUCUGAAGUUUCUUAACAUAGUAUCAGAAAGUGUUUCCUCGAAAAACGAAAGUGGCGACCUAAUUUGGCACUGGAGUCAAACAGUUUUAAUCCUGUUGUUUUCUGGCUGCUUUUUAACAGCAUCGUAUAUAGUUAACCCAUUUUUGGGCGUCAAAUAUUGUCCAGUUUGGUUCUUUCUAGUUUACAUGCCUACUUUUCUAUUUAUAUUUCUUCCUAGUUGGGCUCAAAUUAUUUCAUUAGUUUUGUUUUUCUCAGUAGCCCCUUUGGCACCCGUUUUUAUUCUUAUCAAACACGAAGGAUCUGAUUAUUACAGGAAAGCAAGACAGCUCUUCAAUCUUUCAGCUAACACAGGUCAUUUUGAGUUUUUAAUUGGAUAUCUUUUGGCAAAUGUCGAUCGCAAUUUCGUCUUCAAUAUUCUGAUUCUAUACUGGUGCUGUCAUCAAGGAUACUCAACUAUACCGACUUUAUUCGACUAUAUUACGCAAUACGCCGACAACUCAGGCACGAGAAAUGAACAAUCUUCGUUAAUGCAUGAACAAAUUCCGCCGACGAAUGAAAAUAUACACGAUGAGAAUAACCAUGAUUUCGCCGUUUCUCCUGCGAGUGAAAUAGAAAUAGUUACUAUCAAAUUAGUUUUUAGGAGUUUUGUGCUUAACUGCACUAAAUCGUGGGCUUUGAUAGCAUCUACGAGUGCAGUUUUGACUAGAGUGGCGAAAUUGUUGGAUCGAGUUUUGUCGUUUUUACUCGAGACGAGAAAUGAAGAAGAGGAUUUUGGAACGUUUUGUGCUUUGCUGUACUUAAUUGCUUCAAUACAAUCACACCUGGCCUACUUGACCCCGGAUGAACAAUACUCUCGUUUCCUGAAGAACUGUCUGAUCAUGCUGGUGGGUAUCCUCCACUUCUCUCACAUGUCAUCCCAGUCUGUAGUGGAGGCAAUGGGAGCCACAAAUAACAGGAGGCCAAUCAGGCAUAUCAAAAUCUACAUUCUUAUCAUUGUGGAACUUAUUACCGCCUUCUCCGUCAUCAACUACGUUCUCAGUUUUCCUAUAAAAACCUGGAACAUUGCCGUAUCCCUUUUCACAGCCGAAAUCAUCUUCAAAGUCUCAAUGUUGAUUGUUAUUUACCUAUUUUUCUACACCUGGGAUUCAUUACCUCUAAAAAAGUAUAUUAACCAGGAUUUUGACGACAUGCUGACCAACAUAAAAUUGUUUACAAGUUGCAUUCUGUUUAUGUUUGGAUGUGCUGUAUUUAUAAAUGGAUGUUGCAUUCUAAUUUUUGAUGCGGGUGGAAAAUUCAGGGCUGUUUUGUUGGGCUUGCACGCAUACAGUACAAUUUUUCUUCAAUGUCGAGACGGUUACAGAAAGUUUCAACUUAGAAGAUCAGCUUCGAAAAAGUUGGAACAGCUCGAAAUUGUCGAAUUUAUGGCGUCGGAAAAUGGGAGUACAGAUUCGUCAGACGAGCAGAAUAAUGAGCCGAAUUUGUGCCCAAUUUGUUACGAAAGUUUGGAAGUAGCGCUGAAAACUAAAUGUGGGCACGUUUUCCAUAAAAAUUGUCUAAGAAAAUGGAUUUAUGUUCAAAACUAUUGCCCCUUAUGCAAAGUUAAUUUUGAGGAGUAAACAAUUUAUUUAAUAAAAUACUGAAG